CAGACUUGCUGAGGGUGGAAGAAGAGCGACUCGAUGGGAUACUAUCAUUGAGGAGAGAACAACUCGAUGGGUAUAAAGUAAGUAAAAGAACCGACGGAAAUCGAGGCGUCGUGCGGCGCGCAGUAGGCGACGCGAUCCCUACAGGUACCGCUGCCGACGACAUCGUCGGCCGACCACUCUCUACUGCUGCUGCAGGCCGCCACCUCGCCGCUCCCGUAGCAACAGCUUUCGGAACCACCAAAAUCCCUCUGGUCGCCGGCCCGGUCGACCAACCUACGUCGAGAUCAUGCCGCCUCGGGUGAAACAAAGUUGAGAAGUAAUAGGCUGCAGGAACAUCUCCAAGAUGAAGUGAGGAUAUUAACUAGGAAGAUGACAUGGCUUCUCGGACAAAGCUCUCUGGCUUGCAAAGGCAGGUGUUAGGGCUAUACAGGGAGUUUCUUCGGGCAGCUCGUCUAAAGGAACCAGAAGAGCGUUUAAGGAUUGAAUCUAUUGUCUCAGCUGAGUUUCGCCAGAAUGCGAUGAAUGUCGACCGCAAGAAUUUCCUAUACAUCGAGUAUUUACUCCGUCGAGGCAAGAAGCAGCUUGAGCAACUGAAGAGCCCUGAUACUCUGAGAUUAUCUACUUUGGAAGUAGGGAAAACGCCUCAGUAAGUAGAUCUUUCUCUUGAUAAGUUUUUGUUGUAUACCUUUUGACAAAGAGGACAUGGACAUUUGGUGAUUCUAUUAUCAACUAGUGUUGUUACACUUGCUCACAUGGAUUAAUGUAGUGAUCUUAAUGACUGGAAAGAGUUUUUGCAUGAGAAAUCUGUUUCAGCUU